GAUAUGAUAUAAAUGAUCGAACAUUUGCCGUGAUUUAGUUUAGUUUUAACACUCGAACGAGCACCACGAAACGCGCAGCUGAAUACAAUUUAAAGAACCCCAAAGGAAACAUAAAAAUGAAUAAAUUUUUACAAUACGUAGUCACAGUGGCCUUACUCUGCCUGUGCAGCGGUACAGUGAUGGCACAAAAUAGCAGCCUAAUUUCAUGCCAGAAUGCAACGAGUUUAACCAAUCUUAACAGUUCAUUCACUGGCAUUUGGUUCGAGGCAAGCCGCAGUCCGGCAAGCGCAGCGAGUUGUGUUGGCCUGAAUAUUACUACAAACGGCACCGCCUUUUCCUUCAGCAUAACCUCUGCGAGCAAUUCUAGCGCUUUGUACAGCAACGCAACCAGCACCUAUCCUCUAUUGAAUUCAACGAUUACUCCGCUUACAACCAAUUUGAGCGCUCAAUCGACUUUCAUCGCACCACCUGGCGGUUUUUACUACCUUCCACAGGCAAAUGAGAAUGUCACAGUGAAAGUGGUUAUGACCGAUUACACAAAUGUUGCGUUCAUCUGCGGCUAUUCCAAUACAACGAACAGCUCAUUUGGUGCCAUUCUAACAAGGCAAAGAGCGGUCACCAGCGGCAUACUGUCCACGUACGCCGCGAUGGUGAAUAGCAACUAUACGAAUUUCUCCAAUUUGACUGCUGUAACUCAGAGUGCCGCUUGCUACCAACGAAAUUCGGCUGCAUCUCAUGCCUCCGUGCUGUCUUUGAUUUUUGCGGUUGUUUACGCUACGCUGAAGUUUUUGAACUAAUCAGAAGAAAGAGCUAGUCUAUGGGUAUAUUUAUGUAAAUUAAAAUUUAAAUUAAUUAAAUAACGUUCUUAUUCUACUUCUUAAUUACGCCAAAUAUUUCUGUAAAUACCAUAUUUUUCUUUAGAUUCUGUUUGUUAAACUAAGGGAGCUUAAAAAUUGGCUUAUAAGAACAAAUAUACGUCAUUAGAAGUCUGCAAGUGACUU